AUGACGGACGAGAUAGCAAUAGCAGAAGACGGGGCAAUGUAUUUCACGGAUGCUUCUUAUGUAUACAGUGUGGCAGAAGCCAUCUUUGACAUUUUGGAAGGGAAGCCGCAUGGCAGGUUGCUGCGAUACGAUCCUGUAACUAAACAGACGGAAGCUCUGCUCCAUGACCUCUACUUUGCUAAUGGAGUCCAGGUGUCCCCUGAUCAACAGUCCCUCGUCUUCUGCGAAUCAUCCAUGAAAAGGUGUAGCAAAUAUUACAUAGAUGGGGAGAAGAAGGGCAAGGUGGAGAAAUUUGCUGAUAAUCUACCUGGAGUUCCAGAUAACAUCCACUAUGAUGGUGAAGGCCACUAUUGGAUUGCGCUUCCCGGGGGAAUCAGUACCCUUUGGGAUUAUGCAUUCAAACAACCCAUUCUCAGGAAGAUUAUUGCAAUCCUGACAAAGCACCUAUGGCCACUGCAAUUGGAGAACAGUGGGGUUUUCGUGGUGGAUUUGGAGGGGAAACCUGUUGCACUUUACAGUGAUCCUCAACUCUCCAUGAUCACCAGUGGUGUCAAGAUUGGAACCCACUUGUAUUGCGGCUCCCUUGUAGAUAACCGCAUCCUUCGCCUUGAUCUGGCUAAGCAUCCAGCACAGCAGACCGCAUGA